UAUGGGCAAAAAAACAAUAACCAGUUUAGAGAACAGAGAGAAAUAAACAACAAAGGAACAUCAUUCUAAAACUUCACAUUUUCUGUAAUAUAUCUACCUAUACAUUCAGAAAACAAAACAAUGCCAAUGUUUUACAUCUAUUCAGAAUUAACAGUAAUAAUAAUAAGUUGUGCAGGAUAAUAAGGCUAUACUAAUGUUGUACAACUUUAAAAAAUGAAUCACCAUAUUAUUCAAUGUCCGUGUCCUCGAUGUAGAGAUAGUUCACAACCUAUAAAAUCUUCUUUCUUCCUCUCGUAAAAAGUUCAUGGAUUUUGUGUGAUCUCGUCUAGUCCAUUUUCUAUUUUAUGCAAAAAUUACCAAAUUGACAGCUUUUAUUAGAGUUCUAUUUUCUUGCUGGACUGGACGACCUUCUUUUAGAUUGUCCCAUGAAACCCCUGGCUUAUCCCACAUGUGCUUUCACAGUCCCCCACAUAUUCAACCGCGUGCUCAUGAAGGCAGCCAUUUCCCAGAAAGGGCUACAAGAGAAUUGGCUACUCCUGUUUAUGUGACGAACUGAACAAACACCAUUAGGGCCCAAAUUCCACGAACUACAAAAUCUAGAUCAACAUUUGAUUUCCACGACAUGGUAUGAUAUAUUGAUUCAAAGAACUGAUUUUUAGUUGCAAGUCAUCCAUUCUACACUGCUGCUAGGUUGUUUCACCUUCCCACUUCACAGAGAAGUGCAGCUACCGUUUGCUCAGCUACAUGAUAAACAUGUUUUGAGUUAACUGAAUGUUGAGUGCUUAAGGGAAGCUUCUCGUCCCAAUUUCCAAUCCUAAUAAAGAGCCUCAGAUCUAAUUUCCAUUCCGGCCCCUACUAGUUCUUUCCUUGGUUAUACCAGCAAUUUAGCAUAACAUACUAGGGUCAGACCACUCAGAUAUUUCCAGUUUUACAGACUUAAUGCAUACAUCUUCCUCUCACGCCAAGUCAGAUGCAAUGGAAGCACCAUGUAACACUUGUAAGAUUCACAAAAGGCAAAAGCUAUAUUUCUUAACGUCUGACGAAGAUUGAAGAGGUAAAUCAUCUAUUCAGGUUACAAUACAUGGAAAAGGAAAGCCCGUGUAGAAGAAAGAAGCCCAGAAAGGACUCAACUUUAAGCUUGAUUUAGAGAAUGCUAAAUACACAGGGAUUUCCUUGACUUGAUUCCAGAGAGAAUGUCUUGUCUUCUACAGUUCUAAGAGAAUAAGACCUCCUUUUCUCACUCUUGGUGGCUGCUAAUUUUUAUCAGAUUUCUCUCCUAGGCACGAUGAUGAAAAUUGUUGAAGGUUUCACUCUUUAGGGAAAUUAAGAUUCCUUUCAUCCUUUUACACACAAAUGAUAUUGUUUUAUUAUCAACAUACAGAAGUUUUUGUCUCCUUAGAACUCAAGAACACAAUUAUACAACCUGUAAAACAAAACCGUUCAUGUAAGGCCGUACAUAUCGAAGUUUCAAAUCUUAAACUUCUAGAUAUUCUGAAGUUUUAUUAAUUUGCUUUUGAACUUCUAUUAAUUUAUCAAAAUAGGGGAGUGGAGGCAAGAAUUAAUUUGCCUGAGUUGAUGAAGUGCAAUGAUCCCCUGUCAUCAAGGGAGGCGUCUUGCAUUAGCUCAGCCACCCCUUUCUCAUUUCCUCCUGUAGUAUCUUUCAGUGUUCCAAUUUCCAGUAAAGUUGUACCAGCAAUUGUGAAAUACAUCGGAAACUUCUUUCAGCGGGAUCAGAUUGGCAAAGAUGGGAGUCAUCAGAUGGAAGAGCAGGGAAAGGAUACAGGCAUGUCCAACGUUUUAGAAAACGAGCAAUCUGAUACGAGCAUUAGGGGAUCCGAGGAGAUGGAAUCAAAUAUAGCUUGCCUACUUGAAAAGAUCGAAAGCUUCACACAGCUGGUGUCUGAACUGCUGGAGUCGGGAAAGACUACUUUUAAAGAUCUUAGUAAUGAAUUUGAAGAGCGAAUCAUCGCCAUUCAUAAGGAUCAUGUUGAAAAAUGGCAACAUGAGAUUAAAGAGCUGCGGUUGCUUGAUUCAUCAAAUGAGGAGGCCAGUACUAUUUUAUGCAAUGCUCGAAAUUUACUUCAGAAUGGUCAUAUCCAGUUUUGAAGGUAACUUCAAACAGCACUAUUUCCUUCCAACUUUGUUAUUAGAAAUUUGAUUUUGAACCAUAGUUUGUCAAUGGCUUUCACUUUCAGAGAAGCUAAGCUAAAGAGGUAAAUAAGUUUGUUGUUUGAGAAUUGAGGUUGUUGUUCUUUGUUGGACUGUUGACAAGGCUACUCUGUUUUUCAGUUGAUUCUUGUUAGAUGGUUUCCCUUCUGAUAUUUUUGUUAAAGUGUAACUGAAACCAAUUCACUGAAUCACUAUAGUUUUUCUUCCAUUCUCUAUUUUAUAUAUAAGAGAAAUGGAAGUAAACAGGUUGGUUUUAAAAAAAGGGA